CCAGCCUGUGGCCCUUUGCGCCGCCCGCCGCCUCACACCCUGCCAGGGGGAGCUCCCUGGCGCUGGUUAUUUUGCGCCCACCCCAGGGAAGAAGGACGCUGGCUCUUUUGGUAGGAUAUCUAAAGAGGAUUUCCUUGCGCUGGACUGUUUAGCUCAUCUGUCUUAUUAACAGCUGGAGUCUCAACUUCACAAAGGCCCGGGAUAAUCUGCUCCUUUCUGCCUCUUCGGCCUGGGCUGCUGAACCAAAUAAUUUAUUACUUACCCAUACUGAGGUCUUUUCUUUCCUCCUCUCCCCAUGUAUUAGUCUUGGGUUCAGAGUUACCUUCCUCUCUUAUUCUCAUUUGCCCUCUGACAUCAAAACACUGGAAGGGCCAUGGGCUGCUUUUGUGCUGUUCCAGAGGAAUUUUAUUGUGAAGUUCUGCUUCUGGAUGAAUCCAAGUUGACCUUAACCACCCAACAGCAGGGGAUAAAGAAGUCAACGAAAGGGUCGGUUGUCCUAGGCUACGUAUUCCAGCAUUUAAACCUUGUGGAGAUAGAUUACUUUGGACUGCGUUACUGUGACAGAAGUCACCAGACGUACUGGCUGGAUCCUGCAAAGACACUUACAGAACAUAAGGAGCUCAUAAACACUGGGCCACCUUACACUCUUUACUUUGGAGUUAAAUUUUAUGCAGAAGAUCCAUGCAAGUUAAAGGAAGAAAUCACCAGAUAUCAGUUUUUUCUACAAGUGAAGCAAGAUGUUUUGCAGGGCCGCUUGCCUUGUCCUGUCAACAUUGCUGCCCAGCUGGGAGCUUAUGCAAUACAAGCUGAGCUUGGAGACUAUGACCCAUACAAGCAUACUGCAGGUUACGUUUCAGAAUACCGCUUUGUUCCAGACCAGAAGGAAGAACUAGAAGAUGCUAUAGAACGGAUACAUAAAACGCUCAUGGGCCAAGUUCCAGCUGAGGCUGAAUUGAAUUACCUAGGAGUGGCGAAGACUCUUGAAAUGUAUGGAGUUGACCUUCAUCCUGUUUAUGGUGAAAACAGAUCUGAGUAUUUUCUAGGAUUAACUCCGGUAGGAGUGGUUGUGUACAAGAAUAAAAAGCAAGUGGGAAAGUAUUUCUGGCCUAGAAUUACAAAGAUCCAUUUCAAAGAAGCUCAAUUUGAACUGAGAGUUCUGGGGAAAGAUUGUAAUGAAACUUCCUUCUUCUUUGAAGCGCACAGCAAAACUGCAUGCAAACAUUUGUGGAAAUGCUGUGUAGAACAGCAUACAUUCUUUAGAAUGCCAGAAAAUGAGGCGAACUCUCUAACAAGAAAACUUGGCAAACUAGGCACUCUAGGCUAUAAACAUCGGUAUAGUGGGAAGACAGCUUUGCAAAUGAACAGAGACCUUUCUGUCCACCUUCCUCGACCUGGCCAAACAGUUGAAAGAAGUCGUAGUAAGACGUAUCCAAAAAGAACAUCAAAAACACAACCAGUGGGCUCACAUUGUACAAACCAGGGAGUUACACACAGAGGAACUGGGGAAAAUGAAGGAACUACCAAAAUCAUUGCUCCCUCACCAAUAAAAAGUUACAAAAAGUCAAGGAAUGAAAGCAGCCCUGAAACCCAAAGAAGCAAAACCAGUGCACCAUGGGAAGAAAACUCCCCACAGAGUGGACUAUAUAAUUCUCCUAAUGACCGCAACAGAUCACCGAAGUUCCCUUAUUCACGAAGGAGACACCCUUCAGGUGGAAGUGAAAAUGAACCCGGGCAGCCACAUAGAAGAAGAUCCCGAUCCCGAUGUAAUACCAGCAGCGGUAGUGAAUCAGAAAAUUCUAACAGGGAACAUCGGAAGAAGAGACACAGGAUACGGCAGGAGAAUGACAUGGUUGAUUCAGCUCCUCAGUGGGAAGCAGUACUAAGGCGGCAGAAGGAGAAGAACCAAACUGAUCCCAACCACCGGCGAUCCAAGCAUAGAUCUCGAUCGAGAAGUCCAGAUGUGCAAGCAAAGGAAGAAUUAUGGAAACACAUUCAAAAAGAACUUGUUGAUCCAUCUGGUCUAUCUGAAGAACAAUUACGAGAGAUACCAUAUACUAAAAUAGAGACUCAAGGUGACCCUGUUCGCAUUAGGCAUUCACAUUCCCCUCGAAGCUAUCGCCAGUACCGACGUUCCCAGUGCUCUGAUGGAGAGAGAUCUGUUCUGUCAGAAGUGAACUCAAAAACGGACCUGGUACCUCCAUUACCUGUAACUCAUUCCUCAGAUUCUCAGUGUGCCAGUAUUACUGUAUCUCAUCAGAGGCAUAACGGAUCUAAAGACAGCUUGCUAGAAGAAAAGGCACAGACAUCCAUCAACAACUUGGAUGGAAGGCAUAGCACUAAGACUGUAAAAACUGUACAAGCAUCACGGGUUAAGAUAGAGAGCUGACUGGUACAAAAAGACUACAAGUUGAUGUUGCAUCCUGAAACUGCAAACUCCAAAUACAUCAGUCAAGUGGACAUUGGCCUAAUGAAAAGCAAAAAUAUAAACUAUCUUAUCUUUAAAAACAUUUUUAAUCUCACCCUGAUUGCAUUGGAGGCGGCACUGAAAUGACCAGCUUUUUGAACAAAAAUGCAACUGUUGAUAUAUGGAGAAAGACCUAUGGCAAUGCCUUCCCAUAAAGCAGUAGUUACCAACUAUUCCUUUUCUAGACAAAAUACAGCUAAUUAUAAUAAUGGACAGACAGUAUCCUGGGAGACAUAUUUGAUAUCAGGAGUGGAAGUAUUAAUAAAAGGUCAAUGCGCUUGCCAAAUGUGCAAUAGUGGUUGUUCUUCACAAUGAGGGCUGUAAUUCAUAUACCUAUACUUGCGUAUCAUUUCAUACACCAUUCUUGUUGACAGCAAUGUUUAAUAUUUUAUUAGAAUGCGACCAAAUCUACAUCAAAUGCAUCGUAUAAAGUAUUUGUUUAUCAAAACAGGCUUCCUUUCAGAUUUUACAUCUUGUUUUCUAGUUGUCAGUGACUCUUCAUAACUCAUGCUUUUUGUUAAAUCAUUGCAAUGACUGGAAAGAAACACAUCUGCGUGGAGGGGAAAAUAAAUUGCUACUCCUGACUUACUAGCUUUUUCACAAAUACUGUAGAAUUAUUUUUUGUGUACUGGAUCACUUAUGAAGAAGAAAUAGUCAUCUAGCUAAAUGUUCCUGGAAGCCUCCAGGAGUGGAAAUUAAUCUUUUGAGUCCUGCUCCCUCUCAUCUUCUAACAUGCAAAACCUCACUUUUUAUCAAACUAGAAGUGGACUUCCAACCAACUUCAGUUACUGCACACACCCACACCCACUUCUUAGGGACUUGGUUAAGAACAUUAACGUGCCUAUUUUAAUAAGACUGUUAUAUGGCUAGAAAUUUCAAGAUGAACACAAGGAACUGAUUUUUUGCUUCACUUUUUUCAUAUAUAACAUCUUUUUAUGUACUGAAUCAUUUAUGAAGGCGAAAUAGAUAUCUAGCAAUUUUUUUCUGUCUUGAAAUCACAAUUCUUUCAGAAUAUGUGAACAUCAAUACCUAUGUUCCUCCACAGGAAACAAUUUGUCACCAUUGAUUUCCAUUUAUCCAUGUCAGAAGUUCCAUGCAGUUGCUGCACUGCCUAACCCCUAGAUGUCAUAGCCAGUGGUGAUGGAUGAUGAGAGUUGCACUCCAACAUCUGGAAGGCAGCAUAAUCCCCACCCUUGCUCUGUGUUAUGUUGAACUCAUUGCUGAUCUGUUUCAUCAAUAAUUCUUACUCAGAUUCUAGCUCAGUCAGGAGCGAAGGUAUAAUCUGAUGCUGAAUCAGAAUUUGGGUCACUUAACUGUAGACAUCCAUAUAAUGACAUAGACAUGCUUUUGUAUAACAGAUUGAAAAAUGUUACCAUCAUUAUCUGUAGCUGAAUGGGGAAUAAAACAACUAAGUAGCAUGUACGUCUUCAACUCAUGGGUCAUAGUCCUUAUGGUGUUUCCUUGCCUUUUUCUUUCAGCUACUUUUCACUUAAAUUUCUUCCCUUCGAGACUGCCUACUUUGCUUGAUUCUACUACAAUGAAGAAUAUAAUUAGCUUGUGUUACCCCUCAUUCCAGUAGCUGAGUCUUCAAAUCAGACAUCGGAACCUAGACUCCCUCUAGUGUAGGGGUCUCCAAACCUUUCAGUAUGAGGGCCACAUGUAUUUUACACAUUUUCGAGCCAAAGGAAAAAGUAAGUUUUAUAAUGAAUGAACAACAAAUGGGUUUCCCCAAGAGGGUUUACGCAGGACUCACCGCCUUCCCAGGGCUGGUCCAAAGCAGAACUAGUGGAGCAGCAGCAAGGGCAUAGGAAGAGGAGGAAAAGAGGAACCCAAAUGAUCCCCCACCCCUGCUGUCUUUGCAAAGACAGUGGGGAUCACUUCAUCCCCAUCUCUAGUCCCUACCAAUUCAUUCUAGGCAGCUGUGGACCCGUAGCAUACCGACUGGGCCAGGUAAGAAGGCAAGGCAGGCUGGAUGUGGCCCGCGGGCCAUAGUUUGGAGACCUCUGCUCUACUGAGUUGAGACAAUCCAGAGUUCUGUCUGGCUUCUACUUUCAUUCUGUUCAAUUUGUUGCUUGUUUCACCACUACCUUUUCUUAUUUUUCUCUCCUCCCCCUUCUACUUGCAAAAGGAAGUUCUAGGCCUGUCCAUCAACUCAAAUCAGCCUGAUCAUGGAGGAGACUGAGUAGCAAGUCUCUCACUUCUCCCCUCUGAAAAUUAUCCACAUUCAGAUGAAUUCAGGGCAACAUCUUGUAGAAUCCCAUGAGGUGGCACUCAAGGACAGGAGAUCAUCUUAUUGCCCAGAAUAAGAAAUGAAGACGUUUUUUCCUUUCAUAUUAAGAUGAUAAAAGAUGGUACAGAUAUAAUCCUUUCAUUUGCCUGAAUCAUACUUCAGAGAUAGAGAAUCUAGAAUUUAGAACACAAUUACUAAUCUUAGUAAAAAUAAUAGACCUGCAGCUCCCACCCCCGGAACUGUUUUUCUUUAGGCUUGUUACAUCCCCAACUAAGAAUUGUCCUUCUCCAUGGUAGAGAAAGCUACACUGAUGUUUACCGUAAGUCAUGCUGGAAGGACAUUCUUCCUCAUCUACACUGAGAAAAACUGGGGACAAAUUAUUUAUUCUUUGCUGCUUCACCCUGUUUGCUUACUUUUCCUAUUAAGAAUUAACGUCAUUUCCCCCUGGAUUUUGUGAAUGUCUUCAUAGUUGGUUGAACAGACUGGGAAGCCUGGAUUAUCACAACUCACUAGAGGGUGCUCCAGGUUGAGACAACUGAUUUGAGAAAUCCUACCCGUCAGAGCAAGUGCACAAGCGGCAAUUCAAAGAAUGUUCUCCUUCCAAUGUAGAGAAUGUAUGACUUACAGUGAGCAACAGUUUACUGAUUCACAAUGGACCAAAUACUUUCAUUACAUAACAUGCUCAAGUUUUUACUUAAGAGCAACAGCAUUUGUUCGUCCUGAUAAGUGUAUUAUUUACAAGGACAUUUUGAGGACACUGAGAAAUUCCUCAGUCAAUAUAGCUAACAACGCAGUAAGAAAAUCAGAUUUAGAUCCAGUUACUUCCUAUCCAGAUUCAUUUGACAGAAUGCUUUCCAUAAAUCUUUAAUUAACAGCUGCUGACCUUAAAAACAUCUAAAAUUGUAUAAAUCCUGAACACAGGAUAUGCAUCUGUGCCUGCAAUCUACACAAAACCUUACGAAACCAUGAAUAAGAGCACAAGAGAAAAGACAAGAUUCUUGUAGUACUCUAGUUCCACAUAUCUUUUUAAAUCCUGCCCCAUUCACUCUACAGGUUUAUGGUUGGUUUGUCUUCCAGGUACUCUAUUAAACACAUGCUCACACUUUCAAAACUUUGAUAAUUUCUAUUCUCAAUUUUCCAGCAUAUCUACUACCCACAUCAAAUACUUGUUCACUUUUCUGUAUUAAGUCCAACAAUUAUUUCUCAUCCUCUUUAAAGAACCUUAUGUAUAGUCUGAACAUAUCUAGUACAGCAAGUACUCUGUCAAUUAUUUUUCUUCUUUUUACAGCACAUAAUUAUGUGACAAAUGAUACUGAAAACUGACAUGUUUUAUAUAUAUAUAUAUUCCUACAACAGAAUCAAACGUGAGCACUAAUUGCACUGGUCUACAAUUUUUAGAAGUCAUCUCCUUCAGAGAUAAAAUGUGCUACUUAUUAUGCAUUUUGUUGUGCUGAAUUCAAAUACAAAAAUUAAACAACUGAUUGGCUAUGGUUUCCAAUAUAUUUAAGUGUUUACAUUUCACAUCUAUGUAUAUUGUGUAGACAAGUAGCUUUUUAAUCAUAAAUUGCAAACCUAGGUCUUUUCAUGUGUUUGUGGUUGUUUCACAUGAUUAUUUCAGCUGUCCUGUUUAUAUAGAACUUUAAAAAUCAGCAAAAGGGUUAUAUAAAUUAAAUUUAUUAUGAAACAAAGACAAAAAACUAUUAUGUACAUAGUUUAGUCCCAUUCAGUGCUUUUUGGCUUGCCUCUUCUAUUUAUUUGUUUGAUUUGUAUACUGCCCAUCUGGCAGCCAAGGCAAUUCUGGGCGGUUUACAACAAAUUUACA